AUGUACCUCGCCUACCCAUCAAGUCACUGCCUGGGUCGUCACCAUGGUGCUUCGAUGCUUUUUGCUGUUGAUCUCUGGAGUUUGCGGCUUCUCCACCAGCUCGGAGUUGCGAGCUGCGCUGCUGCAGUGGAACAAUGCAGACCAGGCCACCAAGAUGCAGCUGAGAUUAUUGUGGGGAGCGCCUGGUGAAUGGAACGUCUCCUCGGUGAAUAACAUGAGUGGGCUUUUCAAAGACUUGGAUGGCUUCAACGAGAACAUCAGCGCUUGGGAUACCUCUAAGGUCGUGGACAUGAGCUCCAUGUUCCACAGAGCCACCUCCUUCAAUAUGCCCAUCGGCUCGUGGGACACAUCCAGAGUGCAAACGAUGCAUAAGAUGUUCUACAAGGCCGUCAAGUUUGAUGAGCCGAUUGGAUCAUGGAAGACUGGAGCAGUGAAGAACAUGCAACAAAUGUUCCUUGGGGCCCGUGCCUUUGAUCAGUCCAUUGAUGCUUGGGACACGACAAACGUCCGAGACAUGAAAGCCAUGUUCUACAAGGCUGCCAAGUUUAACCAGCCCAUUGGAUCAUGGAACGUUUCUGCUGUCACGGACAUGUCCUACAUGUUUUACGGUGCCACGUCCUUUAAUCAGUCCAUCGGUGCUUGGGACACGACCAGUGUCACAAAUAUGCAGAAUAUGUUUUCGAAUGCAGUGUCCUUGAACCAGCCCAUUGGGUCGUGGAAGACUCAAGCAGUGAGGAACAUGCAACAGAUGUUCUGGGGUGCAGCUGCCUUUGAUCAACCCAUUGGUGAUUGGGACACAGCAAACGUGAGAGACAUGAAUUCCAUGUUUUACAAUGCCGUGAAGUUCAAUCAGCCCAUUGGAUCCUGGAACACAUCUGCAGUCGUGAAGAUGUCCUUCAUGUUUUACGGGGCCCAGUCCUUUGACCAACCUAUCAAUGCUUGGAACACGGCCAAUGUCAGAGAGAUGAAGGCCAUGUUUCACAAUGCCGUGAAGUUCAAUCAGCCCAUUGGAUCGUGGAACGUUUCUGCUGUCACGGACAUGUCCUUUAUGUUUUUGGGUGCCAGGUCCUUUGAUCAGUCCAUUGAUGCUUGGGACACUUCUCAUGUUUUAACCAUGAAGAACAUGUUUAAUUAUGCAUUUGCCUUCAACAAGCCCAUUGGGUCCUGGAAGACUGGAGCAGUAAAGAACAUGCGACAAAUGUUCUUUGGGGCCAUCGUCUUUGAUCAGCCAAUCAAUGCUUGGGACACGGCCAAUGUCAGAGACAUGGCAGACCUGUUCUACGGUGCUGUGCAAUUUAACCAACCCAUUGGAGCGUGGAAUACAUCUGCAGUCGAGAACAUGUCCUUUAUGUUUUGGGGUGCCAGGUCUUUUAAUCAGCCCAUAGGUGCUUGGGACACUGGCAAUGUCAGAAACAUGAAUAGCAUGUUUUACAACGCUGCUCAGUUCAAUCAACCAAUUGGGAUGUGGAACACACGUGCAGUGACAAACAUGUCCUACAUGUUUCGGGGUGCCACAUCCUUUGAUCAGCCGAUCGGUGCUUGGGACACUAGCAAAGUUAGAGACAUGAAUUCCAUGUUCCUCGUUGCUCUGCAGUUCAACCAGCCCAUAGACGCUUGGAAUACGGCAAAUGUCAGAGACAUGGCAGGCAUGUUUGCCGAUGCCAGUGCCUUCAACCAACCUAUUGGUGCAUGGGACACCUCUCAUGUGAAAGAUAUGGGUGGCAUGUUCGAGGGAGCAAGUUCCUUUGAUCAACCGCUGAAUCAUUGGGACACGAGCGCUGUGACAAACUUCUCGGGAAUGUUUUUCCGUGCGAGUUCGUUUGACCAGCCAGUUGGGAUGUGGGACACCUCAGCAGCCAAAGACAUGAAAAAUAUGUUUGCAGGUGCCCGGAGCUUCAAUCAGCCCGUGUCAACGUGGAAUUUCACAUCAAUCCCUGAUACAUUUGCUAUGGUCAAUGCAUUUACUGGAUCGGGCAUGUCUGGUUGUGUGUUGCGCCUCAGUUCCAGUGCUUUAGGUUUGCCUUACAGCAUGUGGCAGACCUGGUCGUAUCAACAAUGUCCCAGCUGCCCUUGUCCACAGACAAACUUAGCUUGUGUUGAUGAAGCCUGUUGGCCUGUGAACUCCGGCUUCAUUGAGCUUGGAGCAGGCACUUGGGAUGAUCGGAACACAAUGUUGGUGACAGCUGUGGGCUUUCGAGCUUGCGUCGGAAGUUGCGAAGCUUUAGGGUGCACGGCUUUUCUUCUCGAAGGGUUUGAGCGCUGCUUGCUGAUGCAUGACGAGGGUAAGCUGAACUUGGUUGCUGGAGGAUCGCGACAAAGCUACUUGGCCUUUCGCAAGGCAUCUUGCGACACCUUCUCGUGCCCGAAGGGAGCGCCAAAAGUUGCUGAGGGCCAAAACCGGUCAGCCGUCACAGCGGCCUCCUGCUGCAGCUGCUUUGCUCCCAAUGAGAUCCGAGAUCGCAGCAAGGAACCUGACUUGGAAUGCGUGACCUGUCCAGCAGGAAGAGCUCCUCAGGAUGACCGGUGCGAAGAGUGCACAACAGGUUAUGCCAAAGCUGGAGCCUCGCAGUGUGCCACCUGCCCAGCUGGAGAGGUACCUGUGCCUGGCCGCACUGACUGCGUGGCUUGUGCUCCAGACGAAUUUACGCAUGGCGAAACGUGCCGGUCCUGCUCUUGGCCUUUUCUCUUGCUCAGCAACGAUUGCAUUUGGUGGCACCUUCCUUUGAUCAUCGUGUUGUUCCUCUCUUGCUCUGGUCUGGUUUUCCUGGUGCACCGCAUCGUCAAGAAGCGUCACCUGCGUCGGGAAACGAUCCGCCAAGAGGAGGUGAACCAGAUCCUUCAAGAGCUCGAUGAAGAGCUUUGGCAUGAGAAGCUGGAUACCCUGAACAGGUUCUUCGUGGCGUUGAGCAGUUUCGGCUGGACCUGGUCGCACGUGAGUCAGCGAGCUGAAGAGAUCCGGGCUCGUCACAGCGGCCUUGCGGGUGUGAGCCUUGUAUAUCUCAUGGGCGAGUUUGCAGAGUUGGCCUAUGACUGGUCCGGCGAAGAUGAUCCCACUUUCCUUCGCUUGAAGGAGGUCUUCUGGCAAGGCCAGGACAAGAUCGGAUCCAACCUUCGUUGCCCCCGAGAUGGUCGACCGGGCUGUGCGCUGGUUGAUUGGCUUUCCCCAGAGCAUCGCCAAAUGCAGACGCAUUUUAUGUCCUGGAGUUGGAAGUAUUCACUGCGACAACUGCAGAGUGCCAUGAAGAUGUGGAGGGGAACCAGAACGCUGGAGUUUCAAGAUGUCUUCUUCUAUAUGUGCUUCUUCGUCAACAACCAGUUUCGGAUCAUCGUGGAAGGGUCUGCUGCUGGGAGCGACAAUCUAGAAGAGGUCUUUGAGACAAAUCUGCGGCGGAUUGGCCAGGUCGUUGCGGUCUUGGACACAUGGCGGGAACCAAUCUACUUGCAAAGGGUGUGGACGAUCUACGAGCAGUAUGUUGCUUGCUCUUUGGAAGUACCUGUGACCUUCGUCAUGCCGGAACAUGCAAGCGCUUCUCGUCUUAGACGAUGACGAUGCUGAUUGAGUGACAAAAUUUCUGUAACGCUUUUCACCAGCUCCCAUGCUGCUGCAUUUCAAAGAGGUUUUGCUCCCAUGCUCGUCAAAGCACUUGUCAAAGUCAUCCAUGUUGGUUUGGCACCUCAAUAUCUCUGUUUGGAAACAUGUGAGGUGUCCCUGUCACAGCAGAUCCUUGAUUCAAUUGAUUCAGCACAGCUUUCAACCUCUUUGCGACGUAGCUUCUCUUGUUUGCAACCUGUGAAUCCGCUUUGACAUUGAUUUUAGAGCCGAAGCGAAAAGACCAGGAUCUCUAGUGGAGAUGUCGGCAUCAGCGAAGUCACCCGGUCCCUGUGUGAUGUGAAUGUGGCCCAUGCCACAGCAUUCGAUCCUAGAGACGAGGAGAAGGUCAAGAGGAACAUCCAGUGCACGGUAGGCUUUGAGCGAGUGAAUCAGCAUGUGAAAGAGGCAAUGAUCCAGUGGAUUGGAGUGGUGGUCAGGGAGAAGUUCCAAAAGCUCAUUGAUGCAAGUGAUUGUCAGGACGUCUUUUCGGUCUAGCAGAAGUCUAGCGCGAAUUCAAGACAAGGAGAUGAUGAGAUGUCUAAAGCAAGAUUCACGCCCAGCAGAAGUCGGGCAUGCCAGGAUGGGAGUCGAUCGCUAUUGUCACAAGACGACGUGCUUUGUCUCAGACUGGCCUCCUUUGAAAAAGCAAGCUUUGAGUGAGUUGCAAUUGGGGUAAGAUAUCUAUGCCUGAGCCACCUUACCAACCAACAGUGCAGGCACGAGGGAAUGCAUUGC